AUGCGCCGCGGGCGGCGUCGCGCGGGGGGUUGUGGGAGCUUCCGGCGUGGCUGAGAAGCGGCGGGUGUGGGGCUAGGGGACUUCCGGCCCGGCUGAGGGUAUAAAUGGCCUCCAGAAGAAUCACGCGGGAAGCUUUUGACGCCGUGGUGCAAGAUAAAGUUAAAAGGUAUCGGAUGGACCGAAGCGACGCUAUGGAGGAAACGGUCCAUCGGUUUAAAGCUCAUUCAAGACCUAUCCCAAGACCCAGGUAUGAAGACAGUUUCCAUGACGACGGAAGAUAUUCACAUGAUGGUCCCCAACAUCUUCCUCAUGACGACUGGAGAGAAGAUCCGAGGGAGGAUUAUCCGGGGCCUUCCUAUAGAUCUAACAGUCCUCUCAUGAGGAAAGAUGACUACUACCAUGACCACUAUGUCCGCCCAGCCUCUCGGGACCGGGAUUAUGUCCGCCCAGCCUCUCGGGACCGGGAUUAUGUCCGCCCAGCUUCUCGGGACCGGGAUUAUGUCCGCCCAGCUUCUCGGGACCGGGAUUAUGUCCGCCCAGCCUCUCGGGACCGGGACUAUGACCAUCCACAUCCUUGGGAAUCCUCAAGGCCCCAUGAUGCUGAUUUUGGCCCUUCUGACCUCUUGGGUGAUUUUAGAUCUCCGGGACUCAUGGAGGAGGAGUAUGGGAACAUGGAAAGUGAGGAAUAUGACCUGGAAUAUGGGCUUCAGUCUGAGGGUGAGUUCGGACCUCCAGUACGGAGAGGCAGUAUUGGCAGAGGAAGGGUUCUGCGAGGAAAACAUAUUACAAGAGGCACUAUUAAAACUAAAGUAUUUAAAGGAGAUGUCACAGCUCCUCUAAAGAAAUGGAACACUAAAAAAACAUCGCCAGUAGCUGAUCAAAAGUCAACUCUAGAACCUGAUCAGAUGCCAGAAUCAACAGAACGACCUAACCAGAGGACUGCAGCUGCUCAGCAGCCAACUCCACGACCUAAUCAGAGGCUAGCCGUGUCAGCCCAGAGGCCUGUUCUCCGGCUUACUAAGCCUGCACAUGUUUUCAGAGAACUGAACUUUGACCUUGUGGACAAGUCUGACAUUUUUUCAACAUUUGGAAUAGAAAUAAUAAAAUGGGCUGGAUUUCACACAAUAAAAAAUGAUGCAGAAUUCUCGCGGCUCUUUAGAGCCCUCUUUAGGCUGGAGACGGAAACAUGUGCAAAAAUGCUUGCUUCUUUCAAGUGCCCGCUAAAGCCAGAACACAGGGAUUACUGUUUCUUCACGAUCAAGGGUUUACAACACACUGCACUGAAGACACCCAAAGUAGACAAUGAGUUCUUAAACAUGCUGUUGGACAAAGGUGCUGUGAAGACAAAGAACUGUUUCUUUGAAAUAAUAAAACCUUUCGAUAAAUAUGUGAUGAGACUCCAAGAUCGUCUUCUAAAGUGUGUCACACCUCUGCUUAUGGCCUGCAAUGCCUAUGAGCUAAGCAUAAAGACAAGUGGUUUCAGUAAUCUCACAGAAAUGGCAAAUGCUUUUGAGACCACCAUUUCUCUGUGUCGUAAGUCUCUAGCACUUCUGGGCCAAACUUUUGCAUUAGCUUCUGUUUUCAGGCAAGAGAAAAUACUCGAGGCUGUUGGUCUCCAGGAGAUGGCUCCAGCGCCAACUUCAUUUCCAAAUUUUGAUGAUUCAACAUUGUUUGGAAGAGAGUACAUAGAGAACUUGAAAGCUUGGCUUGAGAAAAGUGGGUAUCCACUUCAGAUGAAGAAAAUAGAACCAGAGUCCACUAUACAGCUUAAGGCAACUUCUCCUGACACAAAGGCUAAAAUCCCUCAGCGUGCUGAUCGGAGAGUUGUAGAGACGAUUGAGAAGCUAGUGAACAGUAUUGUUUCGGGUACUUUAUCUGCAAAAGAAAAAAAUGCUCAAAAGAGCUCCCCUGACUAUUGGUUCUUGUCUGAAGAAAAUAGUCUAGAAUACAAAUAUUACAGACUGAAGUUAUCAGAGAUGCAGCGGUUGACUUCAUCUACAAAGGGGGGAGAUGGAGAGGGGAGAACACCAGAAGAAUGUGCAACAGAAUCAGUGAGGGCCAUGUUGUAUGCAAAGAAAGUAGCAAGUAUUAAGAAAAGACUCUUUAAAAGGAAAAGACCUGGCAUUAUUGCACGGCGUGGAGUUCGAGGCAGGAAAGUAAGAAAAACAACCAUAGGGACGCAGACCGUGCUGUCAGCUGGUACAAUGCUAAAACGGCAAGACAAACAUACCCAAGGCUCCACUCAGGCAAAGCCUUCUGUAUCGGAAACCAGCCUUUCUGAGAGAAACUCAUCCUUGGAUGCAGCUGAAUCUUCACGGUGUGCCACCACGCCAGAAGUUUCACUGCCACUGGGAGCAGUCGGUGACACUGAGACUUUAUCAGCCUCACCUGGACAUUCCCAGAUACUGUUGUCUCAGUUCCCUGAUGUGGAUGCUAGAACAAUGGAAACUGCUGAGAAGUUUGCCAAGUUCGUUGCUCAGGUGGGACCAGAAAUCGAGCAGUUCAGUAUAGAUAACAGUGCAGAUAACCCAGAUCUUUGGUUCCUACAGGAUCAAAACAGUUCUGCUUUCAGAUUUUACCGAAUGAAAGUCUAUGAAUUAUGCCCAUCUAUCAACUUCAGUGCUGUAUCAGAAACAACUGUACCUGGGGGAAGUGCUAAACCUGGAGGGAAAAAUCUAGAUAAUUCAGAAGAGGAGGAGGAAGAGGAAGAAGAUAAUGAGGAGGAAGAGGAAGAAGCUGAACUUGAAGAGAUCUCCCAACCAUUGGAAAAAACUGGAGUGGAAAUGGAGCAAACAGGAGAGGGAGGAGGAGAAAACAUCUCAGCAGCUGGGACUGAAGAGAUCCCACCUGAAGAGUUGCUCUCCAAAACAGAAGUACCUCCAACAGGGGAAAUGCAGCCAGCCUCAACUUCUGAUAGCACUGCGUCAAAUCUGUCAGCACAGGCACCAGUUCCAACUCCUGGUACCCCUUUUCCUCGCAAAAGAAUUAGCAGCAAGUCUCUGAAAGUUGGCAUGAUUCCUGCAUCUAAAAGAGUGUGCCUCAUUGAGGAACCAAAGGUUCAUGAACCUGUCAGAAUUGCUUAUGACAGGCCUCGUGGUCGUCCUGUUACAAAGAAGAAGAAGGUGAGGGAACUUUUUGUUCACGACUCUGCACGCACAGUGUCUCUCUUUGGUGAAAACAGCUCUUUCACGGUUCCUAAACCAAAAGACUUAGAAUUUUCACACAAGAAAUUGACAAACAAGAAUGUGGGUUUCCAGAUGCUUCAGAAGAUGGGCUGGCAAGAGGGACAUGGUCUUGGUACACGAGGAAAAGGAAUCAAAGAGCCUGUGAAAGUGGGUACUACCUCUGCAGGGGAGGGCUUGGGUGUUGCAGGGGAAGAAAAUAAAGAAGACACAUUUGAUGUUUUCCGUCAAAGAAUGAUACAAAUGUACAGGCAGAAAAGAGCGAGUAAAUAGAAAAUACCAUACUCUAAAAUGUUGAAAGUCAAAUGGUCAAGAUCAUCUGGAAGUGGAACAUCUGUUUUGUAAAACCAUCAGUUUAGGGAGUUGGUCUGCUUCUGCUUGUGUUGAAAUGCUGAUCUUCAGAAGUCCUCUUACUGAAAGACCCCCAGGAAAUGUGAAGAAAACUUGACAUUUUAAGGACUUUGUAUUCCAUUACUUCCUUUUAUUAUUAUUUAAAUCAAAGAUGGUACUAAAUUAGUAGUCUGCUCUAAUAAUAAACUAUAGGAUUGCAUUGUAACUUCUUGAUAGAGCAGUCCUUAAAAAGUGGAAGACUUUACAUCAUGACUACAAUAAGUGUUCAUGGUCUAGUUGAUCAUUCAUCCUUCUCCAGAUUUGCAUGUCAAUAAAUAAUCCGUGACUAGAUUACUUAAAGUGACAGAAUUUAGUACUGUGCUUUUUAACUUGCUCUUUUUUCUCCAUCAUUUCACUUCUAAAUCUAGUCAAGAGCCUUCACUUUUUUAUUGUAUUGGCAAAGACUACUUCACUGCAGUCCUCUUGAAAGAAAAUGUAUCUUGAGUGGAUGCAUGUUUCCCUAAUGAGAAACGAGUGCAGUCUUAUUGAUGUUUUCAUCUGGCAUUGCUCUUCUUGUAAUGCAAGAACCAGUGGUACAGUUAGUAAAAUACCAUACAGUAAAAUAGCAGCACAUUGUGUGCUAAAAUACAGAUAAAUAAGAAAACUUAAUCUGCAGUUACCAACUUGCAUGUGCCUGCUGUGCCAAAGAGUCAUCCUCCCUAUCUCAAAAAUGGGAAAAAAUGCUGAUUUGAAAGAGGGAAUUCUUCACAUUCAUUUUGUAACGGCAAAAACCUUUCCUUUCCCCACAGAACUUUGCAUUCAUAAAUUAACCAAUUUAUUUAUUUUAUGAAUGUAAGAUUUUUCUUUGCUUUGUGUGUCUACGAAACCGGAAAGCUACCAUAUUGUGCCACAGCAUAACGUUCUGGUCAGUGUUUUAAUAGCUUUAAAGCAUGCCAGCACUAGAGAAAUAUAGACAUUGUUACACCAAGAGUUAUAUUUUUCUGUGCUUUCCCACCUAUACCUCUCAGGAGGUUGAAGCAUCAAGACUGUAAAUACAAAUGUCUAUUCAAAAAGUUGACUUUUUUUUCAUCAUACUUGAUUUGAUAUUUGAUGUUACAGAGAUUUCCUUUAGGCUUGGAAAUAUUUAUGAUUUUAAACGUGUUGGACAGAGGCUGCCUUUCAUUUCAGCUGGUUAGAGUAUUUGACAACAUUACGCUAUUUGGAUGUGUUCUCCACUGCUCCUUUUCCCUUGCCUGCGCUUAAUUAGCCAUAACAUUUAACGAAAAAAACUUGAGUUUCUUAAAAAGCAGUUCUACCAGUCGUUGUCUAUUUUUGGAAGACACUCUGGAACCAACGCGGUUGGCCCCGGAGUUAUUUCUCAGACCCGCUUGUUUGGGUUUCACUUUUCUUUUAGUUUCACCGAUGAAGAUGCCAUUAUUGCAGUAUACGAUUUAAAUAUUUUUUCCCCCCACAUUAUGCUUCCAGUUCUCUUCUUUCACAUUUGCAUUUUUGGAAGCACUCUCUGGACUAUGUGCUGUGCCAUUUAUGGGAAGACAACUCAAAGCGUGGUUCCAUUCUAGGAUGGGAUCCACUCUCUCAGACCCUGAUCAGCGUUCUGAGCUGUGACGAUUAUAGUACCAUUUGGGGUACAUUUGCUGAACACCUGCUUAUCCAGUCUGGGGAAAUUGUCAGCAUCCAGAUUGGAAAAUAAUACACGUUCCUUGUUGAUUUCGACUCAAUUUAGAGUAUAAUGCACUCUUGAAAAUUAUGUGAACAGUAGUUCUUGGGGUAAAUCUUAAUCUGCUGCCCAGCAUAACUAUAGUAUGGUCAGUCUUUCUUGUGCCAAACUUUAAUUUUGGACAAGAUAUCAGUAGAGCAGCACUGGUGCUAAGAUUCCAGUGUUGCUCUCCAGUGGGUUUCUAUGUCUCGCUUUGACCUUGUUUUAUCAAGCGAUGACCUUGCUCUCCUUUUGCAAAAGGAAAUUCCCCUUUAUUUUGACCUGCUUUUGCAGGCUUCCCCAAUUUGAAAAUUUAAGUACGUGUACAUGUGAAACAUUGUUAUGCGGAUACGUUGCCUUGUUAAAGUUUACUAGUUUAUUCUCUGUUAUUUUAGUUUCCAGGCUCUCUUCCAUGAAGACUACAAGCAUCAGUGAACAUUUUAACUAACUUCAGUGGUGUGUCUGCUGUCUUUUGGUUGUUUUUACUGUUAAUCUUGUAGAACAAUUUGCUAGUUUUUGUUUGUGCAAAUCAGCAGUAGUGCUAAGCUAGUAACAAGUGGAUGCUUAUGUCAUUUGAAUAACUGAAAUUUCUUUUUAGUAGAAGUAAACAUGUUAAGAUUGUUAAGCCUUUAAUAUCUGCAAUAAAUGUUAGAAAUAAACCA